UUGUCAAAGAUGAUCUUAUUUUAAAGCAUCUAGAUGUGAUUCAUAAACAGAUCUCAUUUGAUAUAAGCAUAAAUUUAAGGCUACCUUAAGACUAAUGAAUUCAUAGUUGUUUAGGAUGGUCUUAUUAGUUAUAUAUAUACUUACAAAAGAUACAUUUUCGUCAAGUCGAGGUAAAAGUGGUAUUAAGAUUAUCUUAUUUGUUCUAUUUUUUAGAGAGAGUGUGUGACAAAUUAUUUUAUUUAAUAUGGAAGUUGAAAAUAUUAGAAAUAUUGAGUUAAAUGAAAUCGAAGUCAUUGAUAUUGAUGAUGAUGACAAUAAUGUGCGUGUUCCAAAAAGAUAUAUUAGAGAUUGGAUCAAUCCAUUUCAGUUUUAUAGCAAUCGAGAGUUUAAAAGACGUUUUAGAUUUAAUAAAGAAUCUAUACUAUAUGGAAUUUUGCCUAAAAUUGAAGAAGGACUUGCAAAUAUUAAUAACCGCGGUCUUCCUGUACCUCCGGUGUUUCAAGUGUUAAUUUGUUUAAGAUUUUAUGCCACAGGCAGUUUUCAGCAAGUACUUGGAGAUACUAUAAUUGUGUCACAGCCAACUGUGUCAAGAAUAGUAUUUCGAAUAUCUGUACUUUUAGCAAGGAUCUUUAAUCAAUUUAUAAAGAUGCCUUCUGUACCAGAUACUAUAAGAGAAAACCACAGACUUUUCAGAGAUAUAGGACGUCGUGAUAGAGGUAUUGGUUUACCUGGCAUCGAUGGAGCUAUUGACUGUACACAUGUACGUUUAACUGGUACCAGAUUCCACAAUAUCGAUGAAAUUUAUAGAAAUCGAAAGGGAUAUUUCUCAUUAAAU